CCGAGACACCCCCGGCAGGCGUCGGCGUGGGACCUCCGUCUCUCUCUGUCCCUGCAGGCGGCCCGCUCGCUUGGAUGGCGGCAGCGGCCUCCCCGCCGCCCGGGACGGCCCUGCCCCCCUUCCAGUUCCGCCCGCGGCACGACGGCCCGGACUGGCGUCGGCUGAGCACCGUGGAGGUGGACCGCGUGGCGGCCGAGGUGGACGUGGCGGUGCUGCAGGAGCACCUGGAACACGUCACCUUCUGCAACGCCGGCCGCGAGCGCUGCCCGCAUUGCCAGGGCCCCGCCGACCCGCUGCUGCUCAAGCUCCUGCGCCUGGCGCAGCUCAGCCUCGAGUACCUGCUCCACUCCCAGGACUACCUCAGCGCCCAGCUCCGCGCCGGCCAGGAGCUGCUCCGCGCCGCCGACGCCCACCGCGACCUGCUCGCCAAGGACGUGGCCCGCGGGGCCCAGCAGAUCCGGCUGCUCAAGGAGGAGUGCAAGCGCCGCAAGAAGAUGAUCAGCGCCCAGCAGAUGAUGCUCCAGGCCGGGGCCACCUACCACCAGUGUCAGUUUUGUGACAAAGCCUUUAUGAACUAUUCCUUCCUGCACAGUCAUUUGCAGCGUCGCCAUUCAGAAGAACCGCUCGCUGAUCAGAAGAAGAAAUCACAGACCGAUAAACUGCAGGAGGAGAUCAACCAACUGAAGGAGCAAUUACAACUUACCAGGUCUCAGUUAGAAGCUGAGCAACAUGCCCAUUUAGUCAAACUGUCUAUGGAAUAUGAAGAACGCAGUUCCAAAGAGGAGGAGAUUCGGCAGUUAUUUCACAAAUGGAAAGAAGAAGAAAAGUUAAAAUUGGCCAGUGAACUUGAGAAAGUGAAAGAGAUGUUUAUGAAGGAAUUUAAAGAAUUAACUGCAAAAAAUUCAGAAUUAGAAAAUCAUUUGCUAGAAGUACAGAAGUCCAACCAACAUCUGAAAUCCAAUUUAGGCACAUUAAAAGAUACCUAUGAAUUGACAGAAGAGAAACAUCAGAUUGCUAUGGAUCAUCAGAACAUAAUGCAGCUUCUUGAAAAACAGGAAGCUAAGUGGUCUUCUAAGGUACAAGCUCUUCAAGAAGAACAUGAAAAUGAAAAGCACCAGCUCACAUCUCAAAUUGAGAAGCUCAAAGCGUCAGUGGCUGAGGAUCUGAAUACAAGCAACGUUUUCUAUAAGAAGAGGCUAGAAGAACUAGGACAAAAGCUGCAAGAACAGAGGGAUCUUAUUAUUACCCAGAAGCAUCAGAUAGAAAAGCUGGCUUCAAAAAAACCAGUAGAAAACUUAAAGUCAUCUGAGGUGAAAGCUUCAGUGCAAAAUGUUCAGCCUAAAUCAAGCCCAUCAUCUAUGCGUGAAAUAGAAAAGCACGUGCACAAAACAGGAAAGAAUAAGUCUCAUAUAAUAAAUACUUUGAAGAGCGAUCCUUCUUUAACAAAAGAGCUGAGAACUGUUUUGGAGCAGACCCUAGCAGAAAAGUUGGAAUCCUUGGGAAUUAAAUCCGGAGUGCAUGGCAUCCCAAGUGAUCAUUUGAACAGAGUCUUAAUAUCUGUUGAGUCUGCUAGAGAAGAGAGAAAGAAACAGUUGCCUGACAUUCAACAUAUUCGGGAGCAACUUGAACGACAAGUCAGCUUUAGAGUUGCAGAAAGAUCAUCUUGCAGCAGACUUCUUUCCAGCCCACAUCUUUCUUCAGAAGCUAAACAGAGGGCAGCUCGCUUAGGAACUUCAUUAUCCACCAUCUUGCCCAAGCCAGUAAAAUGUUCUUCCAUUGCCAAACGCUCACCCAGGCAAAGAACACUGCCUGCUGAAAACACAUCUACCCCAAAAAUCAAGAAGAGUAUGUUGAAGGAUGAAACUUCUAGAAAGCCACCUAGUACUGUAACUCCUCCAUUUAGCUCAGAAGAGGAAGUGGAGGAAGAUAACAUCAUGCAGUCCUACAUCUCACCUGAAUUAUCUCUGCAUAAGACAUCAAAGUGCAAGAGCAAAGACAGCUUGCCAAGAUUUGCAAAUCAGAAUGAUGCAAACUUCCCUGAAAACGAAGUAGAGCUUGAGCCAUCCAGAAGCUCUUUAAUUCAAAAUGAAAUGGAUGAAAUGGAAAAGUUUCUUUUGAGCCAAAGAAAGGAAAGUAAACAAACUGCAGGAACUAAUGGUGGUUCAGCAUCUAUUCAAACAUGUGCCCAAGGAGUGAAGUUUACAGGUGUUGAAGAUGAGGAUGAUUGGGAUUUAUCAUCUCUGGAAGAUGAAAAACCUUUGCAGGAUGAGAAAAAUAAGAAUGUACCUGCUGUUGAAAAGAAUGAUUCAUAUGUUAUAUCCAUGAUCCAUGGAUGGGAAAAUCCUAUGGGAAAACCAAUAAAGGAAGAAGGACUUCAAGAGGCAGAUACCUCAAGCACACAGAAAAGCAGCCUCGUUACUGUUACAGAUUGGAGUGACUCUUCAGAUAUUUGAUUGUCCAAGAAGGAGGUUUAAUCUGAUUUCUGUCCUUUUUUCUUAUUGUGCACUAACAAGGAACUUUUCUUUACAAAUCUGUGUCCAGAGUUUUACCUUUUAUUAAAUGCAAGCUUUUAAUUACUUCCAGCUAGUUCUCCUGGAAGAAGUGG